AGUACACAGUUAAUAGGCAACACUGUCGCUGACGUGUCUGUAAAAAAUAUCGAAGCUGAAACAGGCGGUGCAGGGCUAUUUACUCGUUUUUUAUUUAUUAUCCUAUAGCAUAUAAGGCGCGUUUUACAACGCUACACAAUAUAGGACAAUGCUUAAAAUAGCUUUUACACUCCUAUGCGUACUAUGCGCCGCUGCAACGACUUGGAGUGCGCGCACCGUCGAUAGCCAUUUAGGCCCAAAGGAUCUCACCCGCCUGCAAAAAGUCUUUGUUGAUGGCCUAAGUUCCAACGAUCUGCAAGCCAUUUUCUUUGCCAGUCUUAACAUUGAGACAACCGAUGCUGCGACAAAGGAAACGCUGUGCCAAAAGAUUGUAGCGCUGCAUGCAGAAUCCAAACUAAAUAACUUUGAAAAAGACUACUACCUAAUUGGUGCCAACAAAAAUCUGCGCUGCACAACAAAGCUCGCUGAAUCAGUGCUGUCUAAGGUAUACAGCUCGCUGGAUUCGGAACUGGCAACUACACAGGAGAUUUACUACCGUUUAGCUACGCAUAAAGCACUGGGCGUUCAGGUUAGCGAGGCAGCUCAGGCGAAAAUUGUAAAACGUUUGCAGGAGGUGCUGAAGAAGGAUGAUACACUCAGCGGUCUGGGCUAUGCAUUUAAUGUGGCUAUCCAACUAGGCCCCAGUGCCAGUUUCAUCACCAAUCGCAUCGAGGACGCCAUUGUUCAAGCUGACGAAGUUGAUGGCCGACUGCUGCAAUUCGAGGGUGGACUAAGCAUCACAGCCUUGAUACUAAACGGCGUUUUUGGCGUGUCGAAGACUUUUGAGAAGCCAGCACCUGUUACAGCCGAACAAGCUGUUAAAUUUGCCAACUAUUUACUGAGCCGUCGCUCGGUGCAAACCGCAAAAGGAGCCCAUGUGCUAAUUGAGGCGUUAAAAACAAUCAGUAGUGCGGAUAAAAUAUCACCCAUCUGCGUACAGCUUAUUGGAAAUGGACAGCUUGAAGCCCAGUCGCCGACUCUUAACGUAGCUAUUGUUGAUUUACUUGGCAAACCCCUUUCCCCAGCCGUGGCCAGCCUCAGUGCCAAGAUUAGUGUGAAGAAAGAUAGCUCUGUAUUGGCAGAAAAGAUUCAGUUAGUAUCGAAGUCUUCAGACAAAACCACCUAUGCUGCUGAUUUGAGCAGCCUGAAGCCAGGUCGCGGCAUCUACCAGGCAGAGUUGAACGGCGAUGGUGUUUACAAACAAAAACUGCAAUUCAAGGUACUCGGACGUGUCAAGGUACAAACUCUAGAGGUGGGCAUUGCCGAAUCAGAUGCCAGUGCAGCCACGCGCAAGCAAAGCGUCAGCUAUCCAAGUAAGCUAAAGGACACUCUCACAGCGGACAGCACACAGAAGCUGCUACUAAAAGCGCUGCUGGUUGAUGAGGCCACCAGCAAACCAAUUGCUGUGCAUCAGGCAUUUGUGCGUCUCCAUGACCGGGAAACGGAUAAAGAGAUCAUAUUCGUAGCUGAACAGGAUAGCAGCAAAGCUUACAAAUUUGAUAUGGAUGUGGGCAACCAGGGCAAGAAUUUCAAUUAUCAAAAUGGCUUGUAUAACAUUUAUCUGACUAUCGGUGAUGCUUCGUUGUCCAACUCCUUCGAUUGGCUAUUGGCUGAUGUUCAGCUGAAAUUCAAUCAGCCAGACAGAGAUGUCAAGCCCACACAUCAGAACGGGCCUUUGCCAGAGAUUGUGCAUCAAUUCCGCGUGCCCGAUAAGCGUCCGCCCCGCAUUGUGUCGGAUAUCUUCACUGGCCUCUGUAUAACGCCCCUUGUGCUGCUCUUUGUCUUCUGGGCAAAAUUGGGCAUCAAUGUUUCUAACUUUACGCUGUCACCCAGCACAAUUGGCUUCCAUUUGGGCUUUGGGGGCAUCUUGGCGCUCUUCUUCGUUUUUUGGCUGCAACUGAACAUGUUCCAAACACUGCGCCUGCUCAUACCAAUCGCAGUAUUUACAUUCCUCUGUGGCAAUCGCUUGUUGCGGCGUCUUUAUGCACAACGCAACUCCAAGAAUCCAGCUGGUGCUUCAUAAGCGACAUUGGGGAAGGCUUUAAGGCUGUGCUCUGUUCGGCAUUCGAUAAAUAGAUCAAAAUUAGCCGGCAUCAACAGCUGCUAAUUAAGGAAAAGUGUUACAGUCACACUCUCUAUCUAACAAACUAUAAUUAAAAUCUUUAAUAAAGCGUUUAGUGUA